CAAAUGCAAAAAGGUCACUGACUUUCAUUCUUUCUUCAUAGUGGCAACAGAGGCAUUUCGUUCCAACCUGCCCUCGCUACCUUUUCAUCUGAUUUUCUCUCAUGCUUCUCCAUGCUCAAAUUCUCUAUGGCUCCAAUACUUUUCUUCCUGCUUUUGGUGUCUUCGCUCAUCCCGGGAGAUGCUUAUUCUUCACCGACCCAAUCCUUCGCAUCUGCGGUUAUAUUCCAAAAGGGUCUUGAUUUUCUCAAAGACUUGUAAGACCAGGCAAUUUCUUCUUUGAUUCCGAUUCAUUUGCCUCAAUCCAAAAAAACCGUCAAAAUCCCAUUUGUUGGAAACGUUCAUAUGGUGCUAUCCAACACUACCAUAUACCAAGUCGAUGUACCUUCAUCGAAUGUCAAACCUGGUGAGUCGGGUGUUUCUAUUGUUGCUUCAGGAACUACCUGCGACUUGAGCAUGGAUUGGCGUUAUUCCUAUAGUACUUGGCUUGUUCCAGCGGAAAUUUCUGAUAAAGGACAGGCUUCUGUUCAGGUCAAUGGUAUGGAAGUUCGACUUACUUUAGGAUUGGAGCUUCAAUAAGAAACGCUAAAACUAUUUCUUCUUGGGUGCGGUUGUUCUGUCCAAGAUAUAUCUAUAAAGUUGGAUGGAGGAGCAUCUUGGCUUUAUCAAGGGCUGGUUGACACAUUCGAAGAACAGAUAAGUUCUGCUGUUGAAAAGGCAAUUUGUAAGAAACUAGGAAAAGGAAUCCUGAAGGUCGACUCCUUUUUGCAAGCACUCCCCAAGGAAGUUCAAGUGAAUGAUAAUGCUUCCUUUGAUAUUACUUUUGCAGAAAAACCGUUGCUAAGUAACUCAUCCAUUGGUUUAAAGAUCAAUGGGCUGUUUAGGGAAAGAGAAAAGCUCCCAGUACAUGAGUACCACUUUGAAAAAUCACCUUCAGCUUCCUGUACAGGUCCUUCUAAAAUGUUUGGAAUAACAAUAGAUGAGGCAGUCUUUAACUCUGCAUUGGCCCUAUACUACAAUGCAAAUUUUAUGAAAUGGAGUAUGAAUAAAGUGCCCAACCAGCUGCUUCUAAACACUGCUGGAUGGAGAUUUAUUGUUCCCCAACUUUACAAGAAAUAUCAUGCUGACAUGACCUUGAAUAUCUUUUUACCUUGUCCACCAGUCGUAAGCAUCUCAGAGCACCAAAUUGUUGCAACCACGAACGUAGACAUGAUAAUUGAUGUAGUAGAAGGAGGUGAUCAAAUACCAGUUGCUUGCAUCUCAUUAUUGGUUCAUGCCUCCAGUACGGCUAAAAUUAUGGGAAACAACCUUGUGGCCAACGUCGGUUUGAACGAUUUUGAGAUGUCACUCAAGUAGACCAAUAUUGGCAAUCUGCAGAUGGACCUAAUUCAGCCGGUCGUGCAGACUCUGGUCAAAACUACGUUCUUGCCAAAUGCUAAUGCAUAUCUCAAGAAGGGGUUCCCACUGCCCAUCAUUCAUAGUUUCAUGCUUCAAAAUACUGAAUUAAUCAACUCAAAUUCGAGAAUUAUGGUGUGCAGUGACAUUUUAUGGACAAAGGAACGUAAUUCUGGUUAUUUUCACUACUCGUAAUGGUAGAAACGUUUUGUAAAGUUAAAGCAAAAAAGAAAGCACAUUGAAACUUCGUAUAGGAUUUAUUUUAUGGUUGAGGAUAGUUCCAGGCCAAGCCACCCAUAAACUGCUUGUUACGAAUUUCACUAUGUACAUGUAUAAUAGGUAAAGCUAACGUCUGUAUUAGAUUAAUUAUUCAAGGAGGAAUGGGGUGAUUCGACCUCUUUUAGUGUAUUUUGAAAUUAAAUAAUUAACAUAGCCCUACUGUCAAUUUCAAAA